GUGCCAUAAGAUUUGCUUCAAAUUUUUUAAUGCUUCAAUCUGUGUUGGAUUUGGAGAAUGAACUUCGACUCUUUGUUGCUUCAUCUGAAUGGAGGGGUUUUGAUUAUUGUAAGACCGAAUCAGGUAAAAGGGUCACUGAAAUUGUUCAGAGUGAUUUUUGGGCUAGAGGAAGGGAGGUUAUAAAAACCAUUGAGCCAUUGGUUCGAGUUCUUCGUUUGGUUGAUGGUGAUGGAUCUACUGCUGGUUACUUAUAUGAAGCAAUGACGAGGGCAAAAGUUGCAAUCAAAGAAAGAUGUAAUAGUGAGGCAAGCAAGUAUGAGAGAAUUUGGGAAUUGUUUGAGAAUCGUCGGGUCAACAACAUCAUUCAUCCUAUACAUGCUGCAGCUGCCUUUCUCAAUCCAGCUUACUUUUGCUCACAAAAUUUUAGAGAGGAUAGGGAGAUGAAAGAUGGCAUCAAUUUCAUUCAUGAAAACCUGCUUCUAAUAGAAGAAAAGCAUCCAUUUAUGAGAGAGGUUCAGUUGUAUCGUAGUAGGCCAGCUACCUUAUUUACUGCAACGGCAAAAACGAUGUUACAAACAAGUCAUCCUCGAAUAUGGUGGGAUUACAAUGGGGAUGAUCUUCCUGUGCUCAAGAAGUAUGCCAUUCGAAUUCUGAGUCAACCUUGUAGCGCUUCAUCAUGUGAGAGAAAUUGGAGUGCCUUUGAAGCUGCUCAAACAAAAAAAAGGAAUAGGUUGUCACAUGAAAUGCUAGACACACUUGUGUAUGUGAGGAUGAACACGAUGAUGAUGGAUAAAUUCACUUCCACGAUGAGUCGUGACUUGGAACCUAUAGAUCUUGAGAAAUUGGGAGAGCUUCCAGACUAUGAAUAUGAAGAAAUUCAUAUGGACGAAGAUGCUAAUUCCACACCAACAGUUGAGGGUUACAUGGAUGACUUAAUGGAUAAUGAUGACAUUGCUUGGUUGGACGAUGCUCUUUUUUGAGUUGUUAUUGACUUAUUGUUGUUUAUGUACUU